GACAAAGACAGCUGUCAUCACUGACUGAUAGAUUGACAGUUAGUGUUUCUAAUUUUUGGAUUUUCAAUUUUUCAUUCCUUAAAAUUCAGACUGUUAGAUUUUUGCCUUGAAAUCAAUCUCACUCGUUUUUUCUGAAUACAAAAAUGGCAGCAGUACGAUCAGUUUCCCGACUUUUUUCUUUGAGAUCCCUCACUACAACUGCGAAGAGAAGUUAUGCUGAUAUGAGCUUCACCUUUGCUGCUGGAAAUCAGGUCUAUUACGAUGCUAAAUCAGUUAAACAAGUUGAUGUCCCAUCAUUUUCUGGCAGUUUUGGUAUUUUACCAGCUCACGUACCCACACUAGCAGUCCUUAAACCGGGAGUAGUGACAGUCUAUGAAGAAGGAGGCAAUGUCAACAAAAUUUUUGUGUCUAGUGGAACUGUUACCAUCAAUGAGGAUUCUUCAGUACAGAUUCUAGCAGAAGAAGCACACCCUGUUGGAAACCUAGAUGCUUCAGCAGCCAGAGAAGUUCUUAGCAAAGCACAAAGUGAAUUAUCGUCAGCCACAACUGAUGAGGCACGAGCAGAAGCGGCAAUUGCUGUAGAAGUCGGUGAAGCUUUAGUGAAAGCAGUUGAAUAAAACACUGUCAUUAUAUAUUUUGUUUAUUUUUAUGUCGAAAUAAAAUUGUAGCUCCACUCAUCAACUGCAUCAGUUCCCGUGAUCAUAAUGUUCAGUGAAUUGGAAGACUUUAUAAAAUAUAUAGAAUCUUCUUAGUGAAUAGUACAAAUU